AUGCCGAGCCGCGGGAGAACGCAGCCGCCGUCGAGCCCCGUGCCGGACUACGACUCACGAGAGAAGUCGGUGGAGGUGACCUCCCUCGACUCCCUGAGCCUGGUCGAUCCCCCGACGGAUCCUCCCCAGCCGCCCAAGACUUACUUCGACGACCGUCGCCCCAUCGUCUCCAUCAACGCCUACUCGGCCCGACCCUCCCCGAACCGCCUGGACUUCCUGCCGUCUCAGAAGCAACUGCAGCAGCAGCAGCAGGACACCCUGUCCGAGGACUACCGAGUGAAGCUGAACCGCUUCGACCGAGCAGCCGAGGACCUCCGAUUCGAGCUCACGGAGACCCUCUCCCGAGCCAAUCUAAGGAACCGAUCCAGCUCGGUCGAGAACCUCCUCGAGGAAUCCCGGAACGGAGAACACCCAGACCCCCUGAAGAAACCCAUUUCGACCCUGACCAAGGGCUGCACCAGCGCAUCCAACCUCGCCGACUCCACCGACUGGGCCGUCUCCGCGAACGGCACUCCCCCCGCGAACGGCACUGCGAACGGCAGCGUCGCCGCCCUCGCCUCCCGCUUCGAGCCAUCCCGCGGCACCUCCGUCACCUACAACUUCCAGAAGACCGGCCCCGUCGUGAGCCGCGACGAGGACAACCGCGUGACGAUCGCGGUGAAGUGCACCCCCCGAAACGGUAUGUCCACGGUCAACUCCAUCUUGAAAUUGAAGCCGUCCCAGCGCCCGACGGCCUUGUCCAAGACCAUUUCCUUUGACGACACGUAA